GCAUUGUAGCUAGGCUAUAGAAAGGGCCCCUCUUGGUGUGUCACUGACUUCUCUCAAUUUACCGAGUAGUGGUAAAGUCAGGAGACAGCUUUUCGAAAUGGAUCCAAGAAGUUGGAGAUAAAAGAUAAACCUCAAAACUCACCGAAGAAAUUUCAGUGGCUGUGUGGAGCGGUGAGCAGGCAUGAUGGGUGACACAGAGCUUGAGCAGCCACUGGCUCAGCAAGAGGAAGAAGAGCAGCCGCAGAAACAGAGUCCCUCCCCGACAGCCUCCCCCUCUGUGUCCAUCUCCUCCUCCCCCUCCCUCUCCCUGCCCUCUUCCCCCUCCUCCUCCGGCCCUCACCACCAGCAGGCCCUCAGCCUCACCCCCAGCCCCGGAGAAGGCCCAGCCACACCCAGCCCGACUCUGGAUGUCAUAUCAGAGGGUGUCGGAGAGCUGAGCCUGGUUAUUGACCCUGAGGUGGCUAAGAGGGCCUGCCAUGAGGUGCUGCAGAAGGUCAAGCAGCUGAAGGGUGACGGCGACGGGUCAGGGUCCGAGAGCGGAAGCAGCACGACGGACCAAGCGCAAGUCAACGGUACCGGGCACGCGGACACCUCCGUGGAUGGCCUCACCGGUAUCAUUAAAGCAGCCAAGGUCCGUGAGGAAGAGGAUGCCGAGGCGGCAGGCUCGGUGAAGAGUGCCCGGCGGCGCCAGCGCCACAAUCCCUCGAAGCAGUCGUGGCUGCUGCGUCUGUUUGAGUCGAAGCUGUUCGACGUGUCCAUGGCCAUCUCCUAUUUGCACAACUCCAAGGAGCCUGGCGUGCAGGCCUACAUCGGCAACCGCCUGUUUAGCUUCCGGCACGAGGAGGUGGAUUUCUACCUGCCACAGCUGCUCAACAUGUACAUACACAUGGACGAAGAUGUAGGAGAUGCCAUCAAGCCCUACGUGGUUCACCGCUGUCGUCAGAGCAUCUCCUUCUCGCUGCAGUGCGCCUGGCUGCUGGGGGCCUACUCCGACGACAUGCACAUCUCCACGCAGCGCCACUCGCGCGGCACCAAACUCCGCAAGCUCAUCCUGUCCGACGAACUGAAGCCGACCGGCGCCCGGGCUCGCAGGGAGCCCCUGACUCUGACUCCCUUCUGUCCCGUGGCGCCCGCCGGCCCCACCUUGCACGUGCACGGGCUGGGCGGCGAGCACGGCCUGUCGCCCUCCAAGCGGACGCACCAGCGCUCCAAGUCGGACGCCACGGUCAGCAUCAGUCUGAGCAGCAACCUGAAGAGGACGGCCAGCAACCCCAAGGUGGAGAGCAGCCAGGAUGAGGAUUCGAGCUCCAGCUCGACUGAGAGUCUCCACCAGGAGGCUGGGACACCUGUGCGCCUGACGCCCCAGAGAGAGUUCAUCAAGUCCCUGAUGGGCAUCGGCAAGCGCCUGGCCACACUGCCCACCAAGGAGCAGAAGACCCAGCGUCUGAUCUCGGAGCUGUCGCUGCUCAACCACAAGCUGCCCGCCCGCGUCUGGCUGCCCACCGCCCCCUUCGACCACCACGUGGUGCGCGUGCCGCACACGCAGGCUGUGGUGCUCAACUCUAAGGAUAAGGCCCCGUACCUUAUCUACGUGGAGGUGCUGGAGUGCGAGAACUUUGAGAUGUCCAACGUUCCCGUGCGGAUCCCGGAGACACGGAUCCGCAGCACGCGCUCUGUGGAGAACCUGCCGGACUGCGGCAUCACGGCUGACCAGCGGGCGGGGAGCUUCUCCAUGGUCCCCAACUACGACAACGAUGACGAGGCCUGGUCGGUGGACGACAUCGGGGAGCUUCAGGUGGAGCUCCCCGAGAUCCACACCAACAGCUGUGACAACAUCUCCCAGUUCUCAGUAGACAGCAUCACCAGCCUGGAGAGCAAGGAGCCCAUCUUCAUUGCCGCCGGAGAUAUAAGGCGCCGUCUGUCGGAGCAGCUGGCUCAAGCCCCCACCACGUUUAAGAGGGACCCCGAGGACCCAUCUGCUGUGGCCCUCAAAGAGCCUUGGCAGGAGAAGGUCCGGCGAAUAAGGGAUGGCUCACCCUAUGGUCACCUCCCUAACUGGCGCUUGCUGUCCGUCAUUGUCAAGUGUGGUGACGACCUGCGACAGGAGCUCCUGGCCUUCCAAGUGCUGAAACAGCUGCAGAGCAUCUGGGAGCAGGAACGCGUGCCCCUGUGGAUCAAGCCCUACAAGAUCCUAGUGAUUUCCUGCGACAGCGGCAUGAUUGAGCCCGUGGUCAACGCCGUGUCCAUCCACCAGGUGAAGAAGCAGAGCCAGCUGUCGCUGAUGGACUACUUCCUGCAGGAGCACGGCAGCCCCACCACCGAGGCCUUCCUCACCGCCCAGCGGAACUUUGUCCAGAGCUGCGCCGGCUACUGCCUCAUCUGCUACCUGCUGCAGGUCAAAGACAGGCACAAUGGGAACAUCCUAUUGGACGCGGAGGGGCACAUCAUCCACAUAGACUUCGGCUUCAUCCUGUCCAGCUCGCCGCGCAACCUAGGCUUCGAGACCUCCGCCUUCAAGCUCACCAGCGAGUUUGUGGACGUGAUGGGAGGUCUCGAUGGAGACAUGUUCAACUACUAUAAGAUGCUGAUGCUACAGGGUUUGAUAGCUGCGCGGAAACACAUGGACAAAGUCAUCCAGAUCGUGGAGAUCAUGCAGCAAGGUUCCCAGUUGCCGUGCUUCCAUGGCUCCAGCACCAUCCGGACCCUGAAGGAACGUUUCCACAUGAGCCUGACGGAGGAGCAGCUGCAGGUGCUGGUGGAGCAGAUGGUGGACGGCUCCAUGCGCUCCAUCACCACCAAGCUCUAUGACGGUUUCCAGUAUCUCACCAACGGCAUCAUGUGAAAAGAGAGUGUGUGUGUUUGUUUGAUGUUUGGUUGGUUGUGCGUGCGCGUGUGUGUGUGGUGGGCAUCCUCCAUUAACAAACACACAGACUUGAGAGAACCACACAGCCCUGUGCCCAGCCCUUCCACCAAACCCUCUUAAUACCUCAACAGACUCCUAAUUGCGUGUUUAUAGUGGUCCCUCUAACACAACACCAACGCUUGGUCCCUAUUUUUCAACUGAGGUCUUCGCUCACAGGACUUUUAUACCAGGACGGAAGCCCGAGGAGGUCUCAACUGUGAAGUCGUUGUCGUCACCCCCCCCCCCCCUUUAUUUUUCCAAAGACUUCCUCGCUGAUCUGUGGUUGCCUCUUCUGUCUCUGUUUUAAUUGCUCAUAUUUGUGAGUUUGUUUUUGUCGUAGCUUCAACGAGUGUUCCCUCUUUUCGAUAUGUAAUGGUUCUGUUGUUCUAUCUCACUUAACACUGCUCCCUAGCUCCUCUGUUCUAUUGCCUCCCACCACCAACCUUGUGUUUUACAGUCUCCAACUGAAUCUACAUUCAUCCCAACAGAUUAAUGCAUUUUGCUUUUUGUUUUAUUCAUUAAUUUAUUUUUUAUGAACUUUAUUGGCUGUUCCUCUUCACCAAACACUUUCUAGACAAAAGUUAGACAAUGAAAUGUCUGGUUUCAGUUCUGUCUGCAGUCUUAAUUAUGAACAAGGUACACUUCUCAAAAGGGCAUGAGCAGUUUGACUGCAAGGAAAAUACAACUGCAUUUGAAGGUUAUGUAGACACAAAUUCUACCCGCAAAAUGGACAAUUGUUUUCUCCAACCAUAAUCUUCAUUGGUAUUAUAUUCAUUGACAGAAAUACGUUCACUUGCCAAGGUGAAUAGUGAAGUUUGUCACUCAUUUGUUGUUUCAAUGUCACCAAUUCCAUUGUUUCAGUGUCAUCUGAGGCUGUGCAACUUUUACUACUACUAUACAUUUAUAUCUAUAGUCUUUUCUGACUGUAUGAACAAGCUAACCCUAACCCAUUUCUUGUAGGCCCUACCACCAUAUACUUGUUUCAAUAGUGAAAGCUCAAUUUUUGUUUAAUUUGCAUCAAUUUAAUAUGACACUUGUUCAGUGAGGAACUGUCAACUUGUAUUGAACGAACCUUGGGUGUUUUACAGUGGAUGAAAAUUGAGAUAAAUGUAGCUGCUCUCGUGCAUCAACUGAGCAACAUGACAUCCUCGCUCAUCGGACAGGACCUUUACCUUGCAGGUGUUUUACAGGUAAUGGAAAGCAAUGGAAGCUGGACACCUGUGUUGGAGAACCUUCAUGAAUAUUCUAGUUUAUAAAAUGCUGUGAAAGCAUUGAAAGGAACCAGAUGUACUUUACUAUGGAUUCAUAUCUGAGGGUUGUAAUACAUUGUUUGAAAGGCUGCUUUCCAGAAUUUUUAAGAUGGUUGUUUAAAUAGCCAGCGACUGUGGACUAAGCAGAUAUUUUUAAGAAUUACAGUGUGCUACUGUAGUUUCCAUCACGCCAUUCACCUUUGUGUCAGUUACUUGCCACCCAUCACUCCACAUACAAUCCCCCUUUCUAAACAAGUCUAAUGAAAUGUGUGAGCAAACAAACAAGUUAUGUAAUAGUUUCUUAGUUGUUGUUUUUUCUACUACUUUGUUUUGCUUUGUCAAAACCUUUUACUUUCUGUAUUACCUCUUGAACGGACCAGCUUUUGAUCAUGUGAAAGACCUCCAUUAACUUGUGAAUGUUGCUUUGUAUAAUAAAUUUUACUUUAUUGUCUUA